AAGAUUUUACAGACUAACAAGCUUAAUAGAUAUACACAUGAUAUAUAUAAAACAACAGACAUAUUUAACAUUAACAAGAUGAAACACAUAAAUAGAAAGCAAGCGCGAUUCGAAAGCAACAUUGAUUAUGCCGAUGAUUUUGUGGACAUACGCAUACCACAAAUUGAAAGAGUACUGGAAACGCUCGAUGUGGCUGUGGAACGCAUUAAAAUGUCUGUAGUGCUGCCCAAGCUAAUCCAAAGGCUUGAUGAUAUACGAGACGUGCUAAUGGGCACACAAUACGAGGAGGCUAUAUAUCUAAUGGAGCGGCUAAAGGUGCUAGAUGUAGCCAAAGGGCAGCCUUUAAAUCAGGAAAUUCUAGGCAUAUUGGACUGGUUUCAAACAAACCAUACCAUCUAUAAGAAAUUCCCACGCAUCUACAAUAAUCUGCCAGCAGAAGAUCGCAAGUUGAUUAAAGCAUUUGAAGUGCUAUAUGAAGUGGCUGCGAAGCAUCUGGAGCGCACUUCUGCCAGUGAAAUUAGCAUGGAACGCAAGCUGCAUGAAAUAUUUCAUCAGAACAAGGAUUUGCAGACACGCAUAGAACGCUACAAACAGCAGCUCAACUCUUUGCAUGCUAGGCUACAUUGGAAAUCAGCCGCCAAGCGUGUGGUGCUGGACAAGUGCGAAGAUGAUUUGGCCAACAGAAAAUGGCAGAACAGUGUAAUUAUUCAGAAUGAGAUCGAUAAGCGUAGUAAACUUAUACGCGCCAACCAUCUGGAAAGCAUUACUAAGCAAACCGAAAUGGAGGAGGAGCUGGAGAAAGCAAAAGCUGAAUACCAGGUGCUGGCACAUAAGAAUUUAAUGACUGAAAAGGAAGCACGUGCUGAAAAGGCCAAACUAUUAAUACAGCUACAGAGCAUAAACCAAAAAUAUGACACAAACAUUUCGGAAAAGCUACGUGAGAAUCUCUACUUGGAGGAUGAAUAUUUAGCUGCCAAAAAGGAGCUGGACACUUUCAUGAUAUUGUAUCGCAAGGAAGAAUUGAUCUACAAGCGAAUUGUUUCGCAAUAUGAAGAAGAGGAGCGGCGCAAGCAACAAACUCGCAUUGUAGUCUUUAUGAUGAAUCGUGCUGCUCGUCAGAUCCAAAAAUAUUGGAGGCGCUGGAAAAUCGAUAUGCGUAAGAAAGCCAAACGUCUGGCCAAGAAAGGCAAAAAGAAGUAAUCAGCUUAGCAUACAUAUUUUAAAACAUUAUAA